UUCUCUGGGACUCUCCGCAUGAACGUCGACCCAUCAGAAGAAUACACAGAUAGGGCAAUAUGGCAAGCCCUGGAGCAUGCUCACCUUAAAGAUUUUAUCCGCUCUCUUACGCUUGGACUCGACCAUGAAUGUGGAGAAGAGGGGGAGAAUUUAAGCGUUGGACAGCGACAGCUUUUAUGUCUGGCACGAGCUUUGCUGAGAAAGUCCAAGAUUCUCGUUAUGGAUGAAGCGACAGCAGCAGUUGAUCUUGAGACCGAUGACCUAAUACAGAACACGAUUCGAACAGCAUUUAAAGAUUGUACUGUUCUCACUAUAGCACAUAGAGUGAUGCUGUUGGAUGCAGGAAAGGUUGUUGAAUAUGAUAGUCCAUCUCAACUUCUCUCAAAUAAGAACGGC